AUGUCGGAGCCACAACAAACACCCACACCGGAUAACACGCCUGGGGGGAAGAAACCCAACCGGCCCGGGCUAGAACGCAGCAACUCGGAUCAGUCGACGACGGACGCGGACGAUCAGGGAUAUGAAUCACGAUCAAGGUCUCAAUCCAGACGGAGGAGACGACAGAAUCAGCGACAGAGGCAAGCUCAAGCCCGAGCCCAAACUGGAAAUGCCUCUGCGAAUUCAAUGGCCUCCAUCGACGAGGGAGCCGAGCCUCAGCAGCAAGUCGCCAGACGAGCACAGCCGUCACAGGCGCAUCCGAGUGAGCAGCAACAAAACCCGCAGUGGCUGAAGAACCCCGACCCUCGGGAUUUGACAGAGUUCCAACCGUUUGAACGGAUCAAGCCGCCCUCGCAAUCGAUGCAGGGCCCGGUGACAUACGCCCGCAUGAUCCGAGGGGAAAUCCCAUGGCGAGGCCCGCCGCCCUCACAACCACUAGAAACCGCCCAGCCGAUCGACGCCAGGGAUAGCAGCGGGAAAGAUCCCAUGGAUCAAGAUGGCUUGAAGCUCCGGAUCGAGUUGAACCUGGACAUCGAGAUUGAACUCAAGGCCAGCAUCCAUGGUGACCUGACAUUAGCACUCCUGGCUUGA